GUUAAAUUGUAAAUUAUUUUGUUGAUAUAUUUAAAUUAAAAAUUAUAAUAGGUUUUAAUAUUUCCUGCACUGAAAAUGUUUGAAACUAUCGAUUUGAUGUUCCGAUAUAAUUAAAUGGGCGUGUACAUUUCAAUGCCAUUAAUAUGUAUUAUAAGAGUAUUAUAAAUUAUAUACAAUAGCGCUCAAAUUUUUUUCAUAUUAAAAUUCAUAAUCACAUUUAAUCGUACAACAGACAACUCACUGUAUAUUAGGGAUCAUUGUGUAACACUCGAAAGACCACUUAUAUGAUAUUAGCACACAACUCUAAUCUAAGUAGCUUCCCAAUGUCAACUGAAGUUCCGUAAAAACAUUUGAGCACUAUUAUUUCAUACUAUUAUAUCAUUUCAAUUCAUUUAAAGAACAAGCAGAUGAAUGAAAAAUGAGAAAUUGACAAGAAACACAGCCAGGAACAUGUGUACUUGCCGCUGCCGCACUGUUUUAUAUCGAUUUGUAUAGCUUGGCGGCUCAAGCUCGACUGAGGCAUCGCGGAAAUGUAGCUGCCUAUUGCGCUUGCGCUUACAUAACUAAAGAGCGAAAUAUAUUUAUACAUUUUCUUUAUUACGCUCAAUUUACAAUUUAUUUCGUGAAAUGUGUUUUAAGUAUAGCACAUAUCGGUACUCUCACAGUGUUCGGUACAUCUACACUAACAUCUAUUUUUCAUUUAUAUAAAGGAAAAUAAUAGCAAAUUAUUAAAUUAUUCUUUCUCUUGUCUCGCCUUAGUAAGGAGAUAGUAGAAUUUUGAUAAAAAAGAAGAAAUUCAGUAUAUUUGUCAGAAGAUUAGUCGUCCGUUCUCCGUUCGUCGCGCAGAAUGGUAUUUGUAGGCGAACGCUGUUAUAAGCUGCAACGACUUAUGUUUCUGGCUACGGGAUUAUGGCCAUAUCAGAAACCAGGUAUUUGUCGACUGCAAGCAGUUUUCUUCUUCAGUUCAUAUUGCUUCAAUUUACUUUUUCAGUUGACAGCCUUUUUAACGACAACAUGUAACAUGGACUGUAUUCUAAAAAGAUUUACUUAUAUUUGUGUAACUUCUUGUUUUGUUUUGUGUUACUGUUCUUUCUAUUGCAAUUCUGAAUUUAUAAAGCAAGCGUUGAAACAUAUGCAAUUAGAUUGGAAAAUGUUUGAAAAUAGUGACACAAUUAAAAUAUUUGAAGAAUAUCUCUUCCUAUCUUAUGUUUUCGCAUUAUUUGCGAUUAUGAUUGUUCCUACAUGUGCAUCCGCGCUUAUGGCUAUUGAAUGUAAACCUGUCAUUCUUGAUGCUAUUAUACCGUUGAAUACAUCCCGACCACGUACAAUUGAAGUUGAUUAUGAAUUGUUUCUUGAUAAAGAGGAAUAUUUCUUUUUGUAUGUUAUGCAUGAGGUACUAGGAACGACAAUUGGCUUUUACUCGAUACUGGUAGUUGCAACAUGUUGCGUUUUGAUUGUGAGACACAGCUGCGCAACACAUAAAAUUGCAAGUUGUAUAAUACAAAAUACGGCGAUUGCCCACACGCUGCAAAUUCCUGUUACUCAACAGAUACAAUUUAUACAUCGAAGCAUUUCUUUUUCUGUUUACCUUCACCGCAGAACUUUGAAGUUAAUGAAAGACUUCAUGCAUGCGGUCAAUUUGUGGUAUUUUCCAUUAGUUGUAAUUUGCAUACUGUGUUUAAGUUGCCUUCUACUUCGCCUCUACAAUGCUAUAACAGACACCAAUGAUUUGCAUAAUACUUUCGUGUGCUGUGUGCUUUUGUAUACUUGUUUCAUGUAUAUGUUUAUUACAAGUUUUCUUGUACAAUCAUAUUCUGAACACAGUAUAUUGAUAUUAAAAUCUACAUAUGAUACUCUUUGGUACGUAGCGCCAGUACCGAUCCAAAAAUUGUUCUUAUUUAUGCAAACAUCUAUAAAGGCUCAUAUGCUAGUGUUAGGUGGUCUGUUUGUUUUUUCUAUGGAAGGAUUUUCUACGAUUUUGACCACGGCUAUAUCAUAUUUUACUGUUUUAAAUACUAUGCAUUCAUGAACCUGCAAUGAAAUAAUGAAGAUGUAGUCAUCAAGAGUAACGCUUAUUUAUGUAAAAAUUAUUAUUUUAACAAAGAUAAGUUACGGAAAUUGUCUGAGAAUGUAGUUAUAUGUGUUGUAUAAUGUACGUCAUAAAUAUGUGUAGUUAUUACACAUCUA